AUGAGGAAUGCUACUGCUGGUCUUACAAAGGACUCUAUCCAGAGAUGGGCAUCACAUAUCCAAAAGCAACUGUUUGUAUUGAAUGAUGUCUACAAACCGCAACCUGUAAAGCAAUUGCAUGAUUUUUUUGAGCGAAUCUUGAAUCACCAAAAUCACCUUAUUGAAACUGUGCUGCAGCUGCUGCUGCUGCUGCUGCCAUCCACACAGAAUGCUUGGUACUGGGGGUCUCAUUUCCUUUACAACACUCAGCUUAAUAAGACAUUGGGUACAGAUGGAUAUGACAAUUAUCAAGCACCUGUAGUUGAGGAUUCUCAAGUUUUUUCUCGAAGGUUGUGGACUAGAGGCUCUCUACGAUUUCAUCGGUUUCCGUUGCUGGAAUCUCCACUAAAGUGUUGUGAAAAGAUCAACUCGAUAAAACAUAUACAAGAAAAUUUGUUUUUACAAGUUGAAAGAAAGAUCUGUGAUGAGUCCAGUUCGAAAUUGUUGUUGACUGAAAUGAGGGGGUUUGUGUAUACGAACCAAAAACACAAGCCUGAAAUGAUCAAAUCACGAAUAUAUAACAAUAAUAAUAAUAACAACAACAACAACAACAGUAGUAGUAGCCAAAACAUUGAUACGCCAGUUCCUAGCUUUCGUUUAUCACCUCGCGACUUGUUAUACUAUAGUCAGCUUACAAAUAAUCUUCAUAAAAUCCAUUUGGACCCCGUAUAUUGUCGCCAUUUUGAGGGAUUGCCCGAUGUGUUGGUUCAUGGUCCACUUCAAGUGCUGCUUUUGCUAUACUACUUUGCCAAGUUGCAUCCAUUAAUUGUGCCCCAGUCGUUCACUUAUAGGACUUAUGAACCUUGCUAUGCGCAGGAGGAAUUGGGUAUUGUGGUGAGUGAAAAACUUGGUGGAGAAGGUGGAGAAGGUGGUUACUAUAUGCAAGGUGAAGGUAAAACAGAUAAAGUGUUUGAGUUAACCUUGUUGAAUGUUAAGGAUUAUCGUAUUUACAUGCAAGGAAGCUAUAAAGGGACUUUGCAAGCCCAAGUUAAACUAUGA